UUCAUGAAAAAAAGUAAAGUAACUUUUAAUAUCAGAAGAAGAUGUGUAUUUAAUGAUGUUAUGCAAAAAAUGGAGGUGUUUUUUUCAGAUGCUGAAUUGUCUCCUUUCAAGGUAGAAUUCACCAGUAUGGGUGGUAAGGAAGCUGGUGUAGACACAGGUGGUCCUACUCGUGAGUUAAUAUCGCUAUUUUAUCAAAGCACAAUUGGUAAACUUACAUAUGGCAUUCAAAAUAAUGAAUUUUUCAUCCAUGAUCUGCAAAAGUUAACAGAAGAUCAAUAUAUGUUUUUUGGAAAAUUUGUGUCAUUAUCUUUAUUACAUGGUUGCAAUCCACCAUACUUCAGUGCUGGUCUCAGUGGCUUUAUAGUGGGGCAUAAAGACUGUUUAUGUUACAUUGAUGACAUACCCAGCAUUGACCUCAAAAUUAAACUUGAAAAUAUCAGAAAUUGUGAUAAAGAAGCAGAAUUUCAGUCUCAAGUUCAACGUUUCCAUGAACGAUUUGACUAUGGUUACAACAAACCAUGUCCGAAACUAGCAGACAAAACUGAUUUAUUGCAAAAGGUUGCUCACCACAUCAUAAUAUCUAUGCAAUUAGAGGAAAUUCAGCAAUUUUUAAAGGGACUUGAAGCUUUUGGUGUUCUUGAUCUGCUUAGAAAGCAUCCUUUGGAAGCCAUGAAGUUAUUCACUUACAACCAAGAUCUUGUUGAUCCUGAGGUUAUCAAGUCCUGUUUUGAUGUAACAUAUUCGAACGAAAGUGAUAAAGCUGCCCUAGAGGAAGAUAUUUUUUACAAUUGGAAAAACUUCCUCGAUGAAUUGGGUCACGGUAAGUCUAUCACUGUUAAAACUUUCACCGUAUCUGAUGUCGAGAAUGAAAAAACAGAAGAGAGUGCUAAAUCAGAGAAAAAACUUUCACUAGGCGAUGUUAUGAUGUUUCUCACAGGCUCUACUGUUGUACCUAAUAACGAAAAAAUCAAAGUUCUUUUUGAUCAUAUAACUGGAAAGGGAAGAAUCAGUGUUUCGACAUAUCAGUAUCAGCUCACUUUUCUGGUUGUACCAAGAUAUACUGGGUCAAAAUUUUCUAGAAACAUUACCGAAGAUAUUAUUAAUUCGCCGGGCUUUGGCAUUGUUUAAAAAUACUUGUUGUUUGAUAAGUAUAUUUUAUCAGUGGUAUUCUAUUGUUUUUUGAAUUAGCAUAUUUUUUAAAACAUCAUUCAGCUUUGCAAAUAUUGGCCACGACAAUGCUUGAAUUGUGUUUUUCAUAGCCGUUGACACGGGGGGGGGAGGGGGUGUC